CUACAUUCAAGGCCUCCUCGAUAGACCUCCUCCUCCAUUAACUAAUAAACCGGUUGCCUCUACUGCUUGCUGCAACUGCAACAUAGUAGUCGGGGCAACCAUGGGUGCUUGUGCAACCAAGCCCAAGACGCUCGAGGCCGGGAAGGCCCCUGAGGAGGCCACCCCGAUUGAGACACCUAAGGUUGCAGUAGAAACCACAAGUUCCAUUAAGGUUGUGGUUGUGCAAGCACCUGAGAAGGUGGUGGAGGAGGCCAAGGUGGAGCUUGUGAUAGCAGAUCCACCGACUAACAUUGACACACAGAAGGUUGAGGCAACUCCCAAGGUAAACAAGGAGGCAAAAGUCGAGGAAGAAGUCAAAGAUAAGAUCAUCGAGGAGGAGAAACCUUCAGCCCCAAUCAAGGAGAAGAAUGCCGAAGUGAACAACACCGAGGUGGUCGAGGAGACAAUAGAGGUGAACAACACUGAGGUAUCCAAGGGGGCCACAGAGGUCAAGAACGUCGAGGAGGAGAAGCCAAUACAGAGUUGAUAAACGACCAUGUGAAUCGGCUCUAUGAUUUUUAUGCAUAUGUACAUGCAUUUAAAUCCUCUAAGGGUUGGCAUAUAUGUUUAGUUCUAUGGGACAAGGAUGUACCAUGUACUCUAUGAUGUCACCAAUUUUUCCUCCGAGGGGUUUUAAUGAACAACAAUGGGCUAAUUGAAUAUCUAAACUAAUUAUUGCC